AUGUCGUGGAAGUUGACGAAGAAGCUCAAGGAGACCCAUUUGGGUCCCUUGGCCAACACCUUCUCUCGAUCCCCCUCUACGUCUACCAUUACCGACAGCAGCGAAAAGGCCCAGGCCAACAUUGCAGGCUCGGCCACUCCCACGAACGAAAACACUAUCGCUGCCUCUGAGGCCAUGGCGCAAGUACCAGUCGUCAACCCUCCCAAGCCCGGUAUUCUCGUCGUCACCCUCCACGAGGGCCACGGAUUCUCCCUCCCCGAACAACACAGAGCAGCAUUCGCCUCCUCACACCAAGGUUCGCUGUCCACAGGCGGUGCCCUCAGCGUCGCCGGCUCCGUGCGUCCCUCUUCUUCACAACGAGGAGCUGUCGGCUCCUUCAUCAAUGGCGCGGCUCGGCCACAGACAUCUGGUGGUGGCUUUACUGGAAUUCCUACCAACCAUGGUCGCAUUUCCGGCAAGUACAUGCCCUACGCCUUGCUGGAUUUCGACAAGAUGCAGGUCUUCGUCAACUCGGUCGAGGGAACACCAGAGAACCCCCUCUGGGCCGGAGGAAACACUCAGUACAAGUUCGAUGUGUCUCGCGUGACGGAACUCGUCAUUCACUUGUACAUGCGCAACCCCCUCGCUCCUCCCGGAUCCGGUCGUAGCCAGGACAUCUUCCUCGGUGUGGACGCUCUCGAUACAGCCAACUUCGAUCCCGAGUUCACGUCAGAAGCACCCCAGGAUUCGUACGUGGAGGGCCCGAUGCUCUCGCAGACGAUGCAGAACCAGUUCCAGGGCUUCAGCUAUAACCGACCUAUUGCGGGCCUGGGUGAUGCCGGAGGCAGUGUCAAGGACCCUUCCUUUGUGGGCAGCAUCCAGGACAACCGAUAG